CAAAAUUUGUGUUUUCUUCAAUGUCUGUGUAUCGAGAUGAAAGCAUAUUGAAAGGACUUCUUCGGGGUAAAACCAUAGAGCAAGGGGCAGAGUUACAUUUAUUCAUAUUGGUUGAAUAGAAUGUGAGGAAGAUCAUUCAAGUGAAUAUUAAUAUGAUGUGUUAGGAGGCAAUUAAAUAUCAAAGACACUUCAGAAAGAAGUAACUCAAUUCCCAGGACAUUGAAUUGGCUAUCAAGGAUCAAAAUUUGCUCAAGGUACUGUGACCCCAAAUCAUUUUAGUCUGAGAUCUAUGGAUUUUAAUAUAUGGAUAGUAUUAAUUUAUCCAAAAGAAUGGAUGAGUAUGUGCUCAACGAUCAAGUAUAGAAUCCCAAUAUUCAAGAGCUUGGAUCUAAGAGAUCUAAUUUCGCAUUAGAUGAGGACAGUUAAAAUCCCUCUCGGAUUUCCCUCUCUUUCCAUAUUCAAUGUCAUGAAGGAUUAUUAGAUGAUCAAUUCCCAGGAGACUCAAUCCAUAAGUAAAUUCCCUCCCUAUUGAUUUAAGUGCAAUACAAGGAUAUCAUGUAAACAGAGUCAUUCUAAAAUGUGGAAAGCAAAAAGACUUUCAAUAUAAUAAAGGACAACGUAAUGAGUAUCUUGACAGUUCAUUAACAAUCUAUCGUGAAAAGCUUUAAGGAUUUAUUUGAAAAAGAAGUAAUGAGUCUGAAAUUCAAUUUUUCUCAAGAGUUUGUUUAAUGUAACUCAAAUAUUAUAUGGUUUUAGUGCUCUCUGAUUUGGAAAGUUACAAGGACGUGGCUCAAAUAGUUCCAUUUAUUGUUCAAUAUCUAUAUAGUUAGUAGGAUUAAGUUUAGCUCUUUUAUUACAAGCAUAGAUGCGUGAUAAUUGAAUGUUUGAAUAGAUUGAUAGUAAACAGUUAGAUAAAUCUGGAAUUUUAGGUAUCUCCUCUAUAUUUAUAUAUAAUAGUUGCAUCAAAUCCUCAAAAUCUUAGUUAAAUUUUUAACUGCUAAAAUUAUAGAAAUCAACGUCAAGUCAUAGAUAGAACUUCAAAUUAAGACAGCCAGAUGCUUGAAUUAUUUGCUUGAUAAAUUUAAUUUGAAAUAUUAAGCAUUAAGGCAUAAUAUUGAUAAAGUGAUUUUGGAAAAGUUCGAAAAAAUCAAAAGCAAAAUUGAAUAGAAAAACUCUCACAAAUCAUUAUUAAAGGCGUAUUCAAUAGUUCAAUACUUUAUUGAGUAAAAUGUGAGUGUUCAACAUCUGAAAUUCAUUGAACAAAUGAGUGAAUUGAUACGAAAGAUGGAGCAAGGAAGAAAAUCAAUAACAUCAUCGAAUCCAGAUUAUGACCAUAUAGCUGGAUUAAUAUGUUUAUCCUUAGGAGUAUUUAUUCAUUUGAAAAUGAUAGAGUGUUUUGAUCAAAAUAAUUAAUGGAUUGGAAUAUCUGUAGCCCAAUUAUGAAAAUCAAAUUUUUCAUAUAAUGAAUAAUACAAGAGAGUUGAUGUAAGAAAUGGGAUUAUAUGAAAUGCUUAUCAUGCAAUAGAAUGUUGUGAAGCAUAUGAUUUUAUGAUUAUUAUAUACCUUAAUUUUAUUUGAACACCAG